UGUGCAGGUAGGAUUGCUUUCUUGACAUCAACAUUUCCUACUUGUCUCUCCAGCUAUUGCUCUGCUCUCUUCGUUGGCUUUGUACUGUUCUGUGUGCUCGAACGGACUUUUAGACGGAUAGGCCCAGUUAGCAGUGAUGCCCCUCCCGCAACCUGACCUCCCGGAGCCCGCCCAUCCAGAUAUCGACUCAAUGUUGAGCCGGAAGUUUGGAAAGGAGAUUGCGAAUUACUUCUCCGGCUCACCACUGAACCGAGUAUCCUUCCUCCGCCCGGACCACGCCUUCCUCUCCCUCGCCUUAAAGCACCCGUCAACAUCCUUUCUUCUCUUUAAUAAAACCGAGCCUCUAAUCAAAUCUCCCACCGAACUCGCCUACGCCAAGUUCAAAGAUGUACAGCCGGUUAUCGGAAAUGAUCCCUUUGAGAAGAGUGAAGAAGACCAAAUUAAAGAGUAUAAUUCCGUGGCGUAUACGCCGCAGUUAGUGUUUCUAGGCUUGGACGAGAGCAAGGAAGGAUUGAUAUAUAAAGAAUAUUACAAGGGCCAGCCGUACUUUGCGUUGGAUAUAACACCCAAAGAGAGUGUCACCGAGGCGGCGGAGAAACUGAUCAAGGAUGUAGAGGGGCAGGGAAUGUCGUUUUCGAGGGGGCGGAUGCAUUUGUCACUACCGGCGCAAGAAGCCGCCAUCUACGCUGAAGCCCGCCACCUCCUCGACUGGAACGCCCGCAACCCCUUUUGUGCAGCCUGCGGCUACCCCACGCUCUCUGUAAACGCAGGUUUCAAGAGGACAUGUCCGCCUAGAGACCUAGCACCAAUGAUCAAAAACACCGCAAACACUCCAGAUAAACCUCCCUGCGCAACGCGCACUGGUAUCUCUAACCUCUCCUUUCCCCGCACUGACCCCACAGUCAUUAUGGCCGUAGUCUCCGCCGACGGCCAGAAGAUCCUCCUCGGUCGUCAAAAACGCUGGCCACCAUACUGGUAUAGCACGCUAGCCGGGUUUCUGGAACCCGCUGAAAGCGUCGAAGAAGCGGUCCGUCGCGAAGUAUGGGAAGAAUCUGGCAUCCACCUCGGACGCGUAGUUAUCCAUUCCACUCAGCCGUGGCCGUAUCCCGCAAAUCUAAUGAUUGGGGCUAUCGGGCAGGCAAUUCCGGGAGGUGAGGAGAUCCACUUGGGACACGAUGCCGAGUUGGAUGAUGCAAAGUGGUUUACGGCGGAAGAAGUGAGGGAGGCGUUGAGGGUAGGUACGAGUGGGUUAGGAGAGGGCCCAGGGCCGGAGUAUAAAGAGGGGGGUUUGCGGUUGCCGCCCAAGACGGCUAUUGCGAAUCAGUUGAUGAGUGCCGUGGUAGGAGGUUUUGUUAGUGGAAUGCCGAUGAUAUAGACGUAGACGUAG